GUCGAAAGCACAUAUCACAUGAUUUGAGGCGAGUCACAUGAACUGUGUUUUAGUUUGAUUCGGUGCUGCUGGGUACAGUGUUUUUCAGUGAGCAGGAAGAGCGCACUUUAUUGUCAUAUAUUUAUCAAAGUACUGGAUUAAACGUCUGCAGAACAAUGAGAUUGGUAAUUCUUGAUGAGUAUAAUCAGGCCAGCGAAUGGGCAGCAAAAUAUAUACGCAAUCGCAUCGUCCAGUUUAUGCCUGGUCCAGACAAGUUCUUUACAUUAGGACUACCCACUGGAAGCACACCUUUGAGUUGUUACAAAAAGUUAAUUGAAUACCACCGAAGUGGGGACAUCUCCUUUAAAUAUGUAAAGACCUUCAACAUGGAUGAAUACGUAGCGUUACCAAGAGAUCACCCUGAAAGCUACCACUCUUACAUGUGGAACAAUUUCUUCAAGCACAUUGACAUUGACCCUGCCAAUGCCCAUAUUCUUGAUGGCAAUGCACCUGACUUGCAAAAAGAAUGUGAAGCUUUUGAACGAAAAAUCGAGGAAGCUGGGGGGAUUGAACUUUUUGUUGGAGGUAUUGGUCCUGAUGGACACAUUGCUUUUAAUGAACCAGGCUCCAGUCUGGUAUCCAGGACAAGAGUUAAAACCUUAGCAAAGGAUACCAUUUUGGCUAAUGCUAGAUUCUUUGGUAAUGACCUGUCAAAAGUUCCAACAAUGACUUUAACAGUAGGAGUGGGAACAGUGAUGGAUGCUAGAGAGGUAAUGAUUCUCAUCACAGGAGCCCACAAAGCCUUUGCUUUGUAUAAGGCGAUUGAGGAAGGAGUCAAUCACAUGUGGACAGUUUCAGCAUUCCAGCAGCAUCCACGCACCAUCUUUGUCUGCGAUGAAGAUGCCACGUUAGAACUGAGGGUUAAGACAGUAAAGUACUUUAAAGGUUUGAUGCAUGUACACAAUAAACUUGUGGACCCACUACACAGUAUGAAGGACUACAAAAACUGAAGAAUGUUGAACCUGACGGGGAGAACGAUUUAAAAUGAGAAACUUUAACUCUUAAAGAGCAAGUCGUGCGGUUCAGAAAAAAUACAGCUUCAUACAUCCCUAUGUCUCACUAAAAGUAUUUCAAUAACGUACCGAUCAUUUUUCUUAACAUCCUGACAACUUUUUACACUUAUAACUUUAAAGUUUGUGUCAAAGUUAUUUUCAAAAUGGUCGCUCUAG